AAGAAAUGGAACAUGAUGCAUUUCUGCGAACCGUAAGACGAUCAAUAGAUUACAGAUCCUUGGACAGCCAACGGUCCUCGUAACAAAAUUAGCAGCGACAAGGCACCAGUAUGACAACAUAUCCCCCGGGGCCCGAACCUCUCCUCCCUGGCAUGGUGCGAGGCCAGACGGUGCAAGAGUUCAUGGCAGGAUGGGGUACAUCUGAUGGGAGUGAGACGCAUGAACUGAUCGACCGAGUUAUACGAUUUCUGAGAAAUAAUGUUCCAAUUAGUGUUGCGAAGAUUGUCAAGGGUGGAUCCAUUGGAAGGAACACUAAUUUCAGCACUCCCUCUGACGUGGACAUCUUUGUCUUCUGUAAUGACCUGGGUUCUGUGCAUGGUAUGACUACACAGACGAGGGGGCUUCUCAACACCAUCAGAUCCAAGCUGGACUCCAGAGAGUGGUUACCAUCAGCUGGGAGUAUAGGGCCCAUUGAAUACACGGCUCACUCCAUCACGUUUCUUCUGACAUGCCACGAUUUGGAACAACAACACGUCAUACACAUAUUCCCUUUGUACGACAUCCUAAAAAACAAGAACGUGCACGACGUGUACAUGGACAUGAGAGAACUCCCUGAUGAUUACAGAGACUGCUACUCCGCGUGUCUGGCGGAGAUACAGAUAGGCUUCAUCAAACAGGCGCCGAGCAAAGUACACUCCCUCAUGAGACUCAUGAAGUACUGGCUGAAGAUGGAUGUGAAGACUGACACAGGCUACUACUUUAUCGAGACCAUGGUCAUGCACAGAUGGCAGCGGGCGGGAAAACCGGACGCCUUCAACAUAUGUGACUGGUUUGAAGAGAUUAUGACACAGUUGGCCGACCUUACAUCGCUUAGUAUUAUAUGGGAAGAUAAAUACACGGCAAGCAACUACAGGACCGUUCCGUCGAAACCGGUGGUGUUGGACCCUGCAAACCCCUUCAGAAACGUCAUCCCCGAUCAACGAUGCUGUGAGAGUAUGAUGAGAUGUGCCAGAACUGUGGUCCAUCGGAGCCAACAACUUAAGGAGUACAAACGUGAAGGACCCGCCCCCAUCCUUGAAGGAAUGGAGAGAGGACAAUCACUGCAGCAAUUUAUCCAGUACACCGUACAACCGAGCAGUGACGACCGCCGGAAGUGCGACCAUCUUGUGGAUCGUCUCACGUACUUCCUACAGCAUCACACGCGUCUCAGUGUCAACAUGGUUGUCAGGGGCGGUUCACUUGGAAAGAGCACGAACGUUCUUGGAAAGUCUGACGUCGAUCUCGUCGUGUUCGUAAACAACGCCAAGUCUCUCCAAGACCUUGCGACUAAGAUGUCAAUCCUUCUGAAUAUUUUGCAAGAUGCCCUGGAUUCAAAAUGGACGGAAUUUGCAGGAUAUUUGGAGUAUGUAAACCGGUCGGACCGAGGACUUCAGUACAACCUCAGCUGCGGAGACAACGACCAUGUUCACGAUGUCGACAUUCUGCCAUCCUUCAACAUCCUCGGAGCUAAAUCUCCUCUUGAGGUGUUCAGUGAGAUGAAACCCAUGACGGACGAUGAGAGGCGGUUGUAUGCGCCAUGUUUUUCUCAGAAACAGGUGGACUUCGUUAAGCAGACUCCUAUCAAGGUGAAGAAUCUGAUACGGCUGGUGAAAUACUGGGCAAAGGUAGAAGUCAACAUAGAAGUCAAAGCUGUGACGUCAUUCUUCCUGGAACUAUUGGUCAUCUCUCAUUGGAUGACUAAUGCCUCUCCAUCCGACUUCGUCACCAAGGAUUGGUUCCGGGAGAUCAUGACCCAGCUGACCAAUCUGACGUCACUGCGAAUAUUGUGGCCUGAACAAUACGACGCAGCCUCAUUCUGUGUAUUUCGAGAGAACCCUGUGGUGUUGGAUCCUACCAACCCUUACAUCAAUGUAGCUCCACGACGGAAACAUCACUCCCUUGUGAUGACGUGUGCACAGAACGUGCUGUACAGAAUGCAGGCGUGGGAGAACUACAGAACUGGGCGUUACCCAGACAGUUAGAGCUCACCCUGACUGACAAGCACAGAUGAAUCUAUGGCUUAUUCUAUUAAUUGGUUGCACAUAGCGACCGAUGAAACCCGCUGGCAGAUUAUUUGUCAUUGAUGACGAUAACUUUAGUGACACUGACGUGAAAGAUGAUGUACAAAUGUGUACGAAAAAAUAAGUUUGUUAUACAAGGAAAACACUUCUA